CACACACACAGAAAAAAAAUCAGAAAAAGUGAUAGUGGCUUACCCAAAAUGUCAUUGGCUUAUCCAAAAUGUUUCUCGCUUGUGUAAGGUCUGGUUAAGCAGUUUAGUAUGAUGCUCUACAGUAUUUGGGACGUGGAAGGUUCUGUGUGGCCUUCAGGAAGGCAGCAUUCAUGUUUCUGGCUGCAGGAUGGAGGGAGGGAUGGAAAAUGAGAAGCAAAGGGCACACAUACACCAUUGCUUACUAAAGGUAUCUGAAAGCUGCCAUGCAGACUUAGGCUUCCAUCCCAUUGGUCAGGACUUUGUCACAUGGCCACACCUGGCUGCAGGGAAUGCUGGAAAAUGUAGUCUCCCUUCUAGGCAGGCCUGUGCUUGCCAAACAUCAAGGGCUCAAACUCCUGAAGAAGGCGAGAAUGGGCAUUUGUGGGUCACCUUAUAGGGAACAAGGGGAGGAGUCAUUUAGGAAGGAAUCUUCUCUCUUCAGGGUUAAAAUACCCGCAGAGGGAAACCUUCAUUCUGACCAGAAUGAUUUCUGAAGUCUGUGCUUCCCCAAUCCCCAUCAUUUUCUAGAAGUCCAGAAAGAAAUUGACUAGGAGAAAAAAACCAAGUAACAAACAAACAAAAACACCUGCUCCUAGUAUUUGUUGCUUUCUUAAUCUUGUGAAUGUUUAAAUUGGGGGAGUUCGUUUCUCUAUCCAGACAAUAUAGCAUGGUUAUCAAAGCACAGUUUUGGUGUCUAACUCAAGUCUCAGGUCUGACUCCACCCUUCUCUUAGUUUGGAGUCCACCAGAAGCCAAGCCUGAGACAGGAGUUUGAGGGCAAGUGGCUUCUUUGGAACAUGUCCUCGGGGAACACCAGUAGGGGAGUUAAGAGGUGAGACAGGAAGGGAAGACAGCCAGUGUUGAGUGCACUAGCAAGCAAGUUCCCAUCAUGGGCAACUGGAGCUCCACUUGCUGGGUAUAGAACGUGCCUCAGUUGUCCCAGCUGAGCAGAAAAGGAGCUAGGGUACUUAUGCUCCAAUUUGCCUCUUUCAGAGUUUGGGGGCUGCUCCCAGAGGCCCUAACUCCUUGGCAUGUCCAGCCUGCCCCACCCACUUGCCCAGAGGAGGCUGUCGCUGUGUGGGGAGUGAUGCUGCUAGGAGGAGGGGGAAGUGUUGGGAGCAUCUGCCUGAGUUUCCUCAUCUUUAACGCAGCACUAACAAUAACUGCUUUCUUCUAGGGUGAUGUACGAAAAUGAGUGUGAAUGUCAACUCCUGCUAAAAGAAAUGCUUGAACGGCUUAACAAGGAAGCUGAUGAAGCCUUGCUGCAUAACCUGCGCCUUCAGCUGGAAGCCCAAUUUUUGCAAGACGAUAUCAGUGCGGCGAAGGACAGGCACAAGAAGAAUCUUCUGGAAGUUCAGACCUAUAUCAGCAUCCUGCAGCAGAUCAUCCACACCACUCCUCCAGCAUCCAUUGUGACGAGUGGGAUGAGGGAGGAGAAGCUCCUGACGGAGCGGGAGGUGGCCGCUCUGCGGAGUCAGCUGGAGGAGGGCCGCGAGGUGCUCGCCCACCUGCAGGCGCAGAGAGUGGAGCUGCAGGCCCAGACAGCAACUCUGGAACAAGCUAUUAAAAGUGCCCAUGAGUGUUAUGACGAUGAGAUUCAGCUUUAUAACGAGCAGAUUGAGACCUUGCGCAAGGAGAUUGAGGAGACAGAGCGGGUCCUGGAGAAGUCUUCUUACGACUGCCGGCAGCUGGCGGUCGCCCAGCAAACCCUGAAGAAUGAGCUGGACCGGUAUCAUCGUAUCAUCGAGAUUGAAGGCAACAGGCUGAGCUCUGCCUUCAUUGAAACUCCCAUUCCCCUGUUCACCCAGAGCCAUGGAGUCUCUGUCAGCACUGGAUCCGGUGGGAAAGAUCUUACCAGGGCUCUGCAGGAUAUAACAGCAGCAAAACCAAGACAAAAAGGCCUCCCCAAGAAUGUUCCAAGGAGGAAGGAGAUUAUAGCAAAAGACAAAACCAACGGAGCUCUGGAAGAUGCACCAUUAAAAGGUUUGGAAGACACAAAGCUGGUACAGGUGGUACUUAAAGAGGAAAGUGAAUCUAAGUUUGAAUCAGAAAGUAAAGAAGUAAGUCCCCUGACACAAGAAGGGGCUCCAGAGGAUGUGCCAGACGGAGGGCAGAUAAGCAAAAGCUUUGGGAAAGUAUACAGGAUGGUCAAGGAGAAAGUGAAAAGCCCCAAAGAGCCUGAGACCCCCACUGAGCUCUACACCAAAGAGCGGCACGUGGUGGUCACAGGGGAUGCCAAUUACGUGGACCCUAGGUUCUGUGUCUACCCCGUCACAGCCAAAGGUGGGGUGGCUGUUUCCAUCGCGGAAGACUCUGUGCUUUAUGAUGGCCAGUUGGAGCCCUCUCCUGAGUCACCUAAGCCCCCUUUAGAGAAUGGGCAGGUGGGUCUGCAGGAGAAAGAAGAUAGACAGCCAAUUGACCAGCAGCCUACAGACAAGGAGAUUGAGCCAGAUGGCAAAGAGCUGGAAGUCCCUGAGGAGAAACGUGAGGGUGAGGAGCAGGACGAGGGGACUGGGAGACCCUGUCCCGUGGUCACACCCGGUGCAGAGGAACCGUCUAUACCCCAGCCUCCAAAGCCUGUGGCUGAUCAGGAUGGAGCCGAGGGGCUUGGGACUAGGGGCAGAAGCCUGCCAGAAAAAGGCCCUCCCAGGGCUUUGGCCUAUAAGACAGUAGAAGUGGUGGAAUCUAUCGAGAAGAUUUCCACAGAGAGCAUUCAGACAUAUGAAGAAACUGCUGUGAUUGUGGAGACCAUGAUUGGAAAGACAAAGUCAGACAAGAAGAAAUCAGGAGAGAAGAGCUCUUAAAAUGCCCAGGCUUAAUGGGAGAAAAUGUCUUUGGGGCCACUGUAGGGGUAAUGCUUUGAUAUUUUAGAGCAAAUGAUAAAAGGGUGAGGGUUCCUGUUUGGAUUAGACCAUAGGUGACCCAUCUGGCAUUGCCAAUGAAGCCUUCAUUAAAAUGUUUUCUUUGCUUGCA